CGGAGUGGGAUAAGACUGAUGCUGAGGUGGAACACUUGAGUCGUUGGAAGACGAAAGGGUUAAGCCUCAACGAGUAUAGUCUGACCUCGGGGGAGUUAGAGGAUGUGGGGGAGUUGGAAAGAGGGGGUGUGGGUUUGCUGGACAUUAUGGAGUACACGAGCCAGAGGAUGUUAGACGCGGCUGAGAUAUAUAGGCCGAGCUCGCAACUGGGAGAAGAGAUGAACAAGUUUCUGGACGCAGCUGGUGGAGCUGGGAUCCCGAAGAAAGGAAGAGGGAAGAGAGGCGAGGCCAGGAGGCGGGUGGAGGAGGUUUCACUGCCUCAAGCUGAAUUGGAUAACUUAGCCAUCACUCAACCUGGCCACGCUGGAGGGGAAGUGACGGUUGCUGAGGAGGGGCCCAUUGUGGCGAAGAGGAGGAGGUUGGAGCAACAAGGGGCCGUGGUGGAAUUGGAGGAGCACGGGUACAUCCGAGCGCAGAUGACCAGUUUUUAUGACUCUGGGAUGAGGAGCACAGCGAAGAGGUUCAUCAACACCUACUUCCCGGAGGUGGAUCGCCAGCGCGCAAAGGACGAGGUGGCUGCCCGGGGUUCGGUUGGCGUCGUCCGCCAAACACUGGAGGCUGUUAAUCUUGUGAAUGCUUUGGCCAAUGAGCAUCACGAGAGUUUAAAAGAGAGGAACCAGAUGAGGAAGGAGAACGCCGAGCUCGUUAAGAAGAGCGAGGCUGUCGAGGCCGAGGUGGCGAAGUUGAAGGCUGAGAUGGAGGAGCUCCGGAAGGAGAACGCUACCCUCAAAAAGGACUCGGAAAACUCGUACCAGAAGAGGAAGAUAUGUGAGGCCGAGUUGGAGAAGAGGGAGAAGGAGGUGGAGGAGGCGGGGAAGGUGGUGGCCGAGUUGGAGCUUAAGGUCCACAACUCAGUUGAGGAGCAUGUGGAGGGGUUCCUGAAGUCCAGCACCUUCGAGGAUAUCGUCAACCUCUAUCGCCUUCCUACUGCCAUUUUGGCCUUCUCUGACUGCCGGAAGAAGGUAAAACUGGUGUAUCCUGAUGUCGAUGUGACGAAGGUUACCUUCGAAGAGCAGGAAGGGGAGGUGGAGGAAAAUGGGGAGAGCUGUACUGCUGACUUCCGCCCGGAGAUAACACUGAAGUGGGAGAAGGACAGCAGGGGUCAAACCAUUUUGCCUCCCAAGUUCAGUUUUGAAUUUGUGGUGGUGGACGAGGGAGACGAAGGUGACGAGGUCACUGAAGGUGCUGAGAAGUCGACUGGAGGCGUUGACCAACCGACGGAUAACCCCGUGCAGCCUUCGGCCAUCCCGGACCAGACUGCUGAGUAGACUCGGCCUUGGGCCCUUAGAUUUUUUUUUUUUUU